GUUUGCAAAAUAUCUAUUUUGAAACUAUAUAAAAUAAUAUCAUUUUAGUUACAACUUCCUAUUCAACCAACAGUUGCUCUCAAAAUUAUAGUGGAAAUAGGCAUAGCAUUAUAUCAACCUACUUGUUGUCAUUGGAGAUUCGAUGAAUAGUAAAGAUAUCCCGUUGAGCAAAUCUUUAUCCUAUCUUCUUCGGCACGGCGCAAUCAAAGAAGGAUUAGAAAUAAGUUACAGCCCUGAAGGAUACAUAGAUUUGAAUAGUAUUCUCCAACACAAGUCUAUUAGGGGAAAGUAUAGUCAAUCAGACUUGGAACGAGUUGUCAAGACUAAUGACAAGCAGCGUUUCUGCUUGAGAACCAACCCACAGACAGGUGUGUUUGAAGUGAGGGCGAACCAGGGUCACAGCAUCACACAAGUGACUGAUGCUGCACUUCUCAAAAUUACAGAACCCAAAUAUGACAUUGUUGUUCAUGGUACAUAUUUAAAAUGCUGGCCUCAAAUUAAGGUGGAAGGUCUUAGUCGAAUGAAAAGGCAACAUAUACAUUUUGCUAAAGGAACUCUGGAAGACCAUUCAGUUAUAAGUGGUUUGCGGAGAGAUGUACAAAUAUACAUUUAUAUUGAUUUAAAGAAAGCCCUGGAUCAUGGAAUAAUUUUUUUUGAAUCAAAUAAUGAAGUCAUCCUUUCACCAGGAAACAAAGAGGGUUACUUAGAACCAAAAUAUUUUUCCAAAGUUGUUAAAGUUAAAACUGGUGAACAACUAUAUCCUUGAACGAUGGAAGCAAAUACAGAGAGGGCGAGCGAUGCGGCGACGUCUAGUGGGCGGAGCCCUCGUCGGUACGGACGCAACACGCGACCGCGCGACCCUCCCGACCCACUGAGGGUCAUCGUCACAGGCUACCCCCCUUACUCCCAGCCGCAAGACCUGGCCCGUGUGUUCACCAAGUUCGGGCAGGUGAACGUCGACAAGUUGACGCCUAAAUACGCAGUGCUCUCCUUCGCAAAUAAGGAACAGGCGCUAGAAGCGGUUAAGGCUUCCGAUAAAGUCAAUGUUUAUGGAGAGUUCCUCGUCGUUAAACAGUACACCGAUAAUAGGGCAUCAGAGAUUAAGAAGAGUUCACCAAAACGAGACUUCACCAGGAGUAAACAGAAAGAUAGUAUAAUCGAGCCGAAGGAUAUAGACCUGUCGGGCACGUUCGCGGAGCAGCUGGAGCGAGUGUUGGCGGCCGUCAGGCUCACGCAGGAGGAAGUGGCCGCGCUCAGCUCGCUCUACACGGACGUGGAGCGGGCGCUGCAGCCGCAGUGGCCAGGUUGCACGGCGAUACCUUUCGGCUCUAUAACGACCGGGCUGGGAGUGAAGUCUUCGGACGCGGACUGCUUCGUGCUGAUCCCGCCUCAGUACCGGCAUCCGCACGUCAACUACGUCAACAAAGCCAAGCGACUGCUCGAAUUACAUCCCAAGGUGUUCGCGGAGAUCCUGUCGAUCCCGCGGGCGAACACGCCCAUAGUGAAAUUCUUCCACAUCCCCACCGGCACCGACUGCGACCUGACCUUCAAGACUCCCCUGGGCGCGCAGAACAGCAAGCUGAUAGCGGUCCUGCUGCACUCGGACCCGCGACUGGUCCCGCUCGCCGUCGCCGUCAAGUACUGGGCCCGGGCCCACGAGCUGUCCGGCACCGGCAAGCUCACCAACUACGCGCUCACGCUGCUCCUCGUGUUCUACCUGCAGCAGCCGCCGCUGCGAGCGCUGCCCCCCGUCUGCGACCUGCAGCGGGACCGCGCCCGGGACCUGGUCGUGGACUCCUGGAACGCCGGCUUCGACCCCGACGCCCUCGCCGCCCGCCCCCGCGCCCCCCCCGCCUCGCUGCUCGACCUGCUCGGCGGCUUCUUCCGCUUCUACGCGCAGUUCGACUUCGACGAGUGCGCCGUCUGCCCGUACGUGGGGCUGCCCUUGCGCAAGGAGGCCUUCCGGGACGCCGGCCUCCUGCCCCCGGAGUACGAGACGUACGGCGGCAACGUGGCCCGCGGGGUCGCGCCCCCGCUGCGCUGCGGCACGCCGCUGGUGGUGCAGGACCCCUUCGAGCAGUGCCACAACGUGGCCUCCGCGGUCUCGGCCCGCCACGCCGCCCUCCUGCGGGCCCACUUCCGGUUCGCGGCCGACGCCGCCCAGGCCGCCGCCGGGGGGGGGCCCGCCGCCGCCCGCUUCCUGCCCACCGUCCUGCUCCACGCGCCGAAGCUCGCGAGGGCCGAGACCCACCCCGAGUACAGGGUGAACCUGGUGCCCCGCGUGCCCGUGCCCGUCGCCGGCCCGGCCUGGAAGCGGCUCGUCCGGGACUCGGUGUUCGUCAUAUUCGAGGACAUGCUCAAGAUCGAGCUCGCCCGAGUCGAGGAGAAGCCGAACCCGGCCUCGAGGAAGGAGAAGGAGAGGUACGCCGGCGCGGUGACGAGGGCGAUCUGGCGGCGGAAGCGGUUCUCGCGGCCGUCCGGCGCGAUCGACCUCGGCUUCCGGGAGAAGCAGGCGAGGAUCACCGACGAGAUCGCGAGGCUGGACCGGCAGGUGUUGAACGUCGAGUUCCAGCUGCUGAUGACGUUCCGGUCGGAGCCCCGGAGCGCCGCGGUCGCGAUCAGACUCUGCGCCGGGGACGCGGUGGCCUUCAGGGAGUUCGGGAAGUUCUUCGUGUCGGUGAUGCAGAGCUGGUUCGCGAUCCUGCUGAAGACGCCCGCGCGGCCGGCGGGGGAGGACGAGGACCCGAUCCGGACGCUGGACUCGAACGUGAAAGCCCUCGACUUGGCCUCGGAGGACGAGGAGGUCCCGGCGGUCCCGGCGGUCCCCGCCUCGAGUGUCGAGGUCCGCUCCGGUCCCGAAACGUGACCCGCGCGUUGCCCGCUCUCCGUCGCGUCCCGAAACCUGUUAUAGUGAAUACUGAAUAUUUUAUUGAUAAGCUUAAGACAUUCACGUUUUUGUAGAAAUUUAUUUUCAUUG